GUCCUCUGAUUGGCCGCUGGUCUGACGGAGCAGUGAUGCGGCUGCUGAUGGUGCUGAUGGAGGUCUAGGCGUGGGAUGUUACGCUGGGCGGUGCACCUGGAGGGCGGCCCGCGGCGGGUCAACCACGCGGCGGUGGCGGUCGGGCACAAGGUGUACUCGUUCGGCGGGUACUGCUCGGGGGAAGACUACGACACGCUCAGGCAGAUCGACGUGCACGUCUUCAACACCGUGUCUCUGCGCUGGACGAAGCUGCCGCCGGUGCGCACCGGAGGACGAGAGCACACUCGGGAGGUUCCCUACAUGCGCUACGGACACACCGCUGUCCUGCUGGACGAGACCAUCUUCAUCUGGGGCGGCAGGAACGACACAGAGGGCGCGUGUAAUGUGCUGUACGCCUUCGACGUCAAUCAGCACCGGUGGUUCACUCCCAAGAUCUCGGGAACGGUUCCGGGCGCCAGAGACGGACACUCGGCCUGCGUUCUGGGAAAAGCCAUGUUCAUCUUCGGUGGAUACGAGCAGCUGGCCGACUGUUUCUCCAACGACAUUCACAAGCUGGACACCAGUAGCAUGUGCUGGUCACUGGUCAACGCCCGGGGAACUCCGGCUCGAUGGAGAGAUUUCCACUCCGCCACGGUCAUCGGCUCGAAGAUGUUUGUGUUCGGCGGGCGAGCGGAUCGCUUCGGGCCGUUUCACUCCAACAACGAGAUUUACUGCAACAAGAUCAAGAUCUUCGACACGGAGAGCAACAGCUGGAUGAACACCGCGUCCGCGCAGCUGCUGCCCGAGGGCCGCCGGAGCCACUCCGCCUUUGCUUAUAAUGGAGAGCUGUAUAUAUUCGGUGGUUAUAACGCUCGUCUGGAUCGACACUUCAACGACCUCUGGAAGUUCAACCCAGAGGCGUUCUCCUGGAGGAAGGUGGAGCCGAGGGGGAAGGGCCCGUGUCCCAGGCGGAGACAGUGCUGUUGCAUGGUGGGAGAUCGCAUCAUACUCUUCGGGGGAACCAGUCCGUGUCCGGAGCAGGGGAUGGGGGACGAGUUCAACCUCAUGGACCAUUCGGACCUGUACAUCCUGGACUUCAGUCCUAAUCUGAAGACUUUAUGCAAGUUAGCGGUUAUUCAGUACAGUCUGGAUCAGUCUGGACUCCCUCAUGACAUCAGGUGGGAGCUGACGGCCAUGACCACGAACAGUAACAUCAGUCGGCCCAUAUUCUCGUCUCACGGCUGACCCGUGGCGGCUCUUCCCGUGUGGAUCCGGAUCCCAGUUCUCCGUCGGUCCUGCUGUGGCGAAGGCCUUUUCCCAGUUUGAUUCGCCACUGUUGAACUUCUGCGGAGAAACGGACCUUCACGCUUUUAAACCAGUCCAAUUAUUCAUCAGUGUUACAGUGUUUUAAUGAGAAUCUGGAGUGAAAUGAAGGUCAUUUAACCUGUAAUCUGUCAUUUCUCUGCUUGUGUGGUCAGAUUGCUGGUUUAUAUGCAAGACUUUCGUUACGCUCCGCUCAUAUCAGAGGAGACACACACCGUCCUUAUGUUUUCCCACCGUGCUUCUGACAAUAGAACAUGACUCCACAAUCAAUAGACAGGAGAAUAUUCCCUCUGCAUGCGUGCGUCCCUCAGGAUCCGCACCGUAAAAACUCAACAAAGACACGAUGUUGUGAAAGAUUACAUGUUUUCUCAUUUACUCAAUGGCAGCGAAAGAUGUUUCACAUCAGAGCAAAUCGGCACGAUCUAAUAAACACCUCGAGGGUUUUCCAGCAAACGGGGAUGAAUCUGAAUCUGAAUCUCUUCCACAAACCCAGCGUUGAAAUGACAGUGGAUUUCCACACACACAUCCAUCAGAAUGUGGACGGUUCGAUUGCUCUCAGUGUUGGUAUUGAUAGAUAUGACGGUGCCAAAGCUGAAGCUCAUGCUUUAUUCCCGUGGGACUUUCCGGCGUCUCGUCCAGUGCCUGAUGCUCCUCUGGACACUUCAGAUCUUCACAAGCUCUCGAGUCCAAGCACACACAGUUUUAACGGCUUCUGCUCGGACUGGAUUUGAAAUAUGUUUUAUUAGAGAUUUUAUUGUGUUGGAAUAUCUGACACCAAACUGUCAUAAUGAAUAUUGCAACCUGACGAAAACAAGAAGUCCUAAAAUCAAAUCAAGUGCAUUUUCACACUGACGUGUAGCUGACAGACGGGAAUCGGUGAUGGUUUAGUGACGUGCUGCUUUAAAGAGUCAUUCGGAUCCACGAUGGUGUUGCUAACAUGCUAAAGGGGAAAUGAAGGAGAGCUUGUGUGUUGUGAUCGUGUAAACGCUGCGGUUCGGAGUCUUCCCCUCCGGCUGCUGAUGUUUGGAAACGACACAUGAUUCCUCAGUGGCGGAUGAAUCUUUUCCACAAGUCACGACUCGAUCAAUGUUGUAAACGGGUUUUCAAUGGAAUCUUUUGAAUUUCCUAAACAAUAAAGUUGAUGAUAAUUUU